UCCAGUUCAGCGUGAAGUAUUAUUCGGAAUCAAACGUGAUGGUUCAAUACCUGCAGAUAUCGGUUGUGGUAGCUUUGGCUUUGGUGGCUAGUAUCAGCGCCACCCUCUGCCCGGGAAACAAAUUUUGUAACGGCCUUCCGGAUGGAACAGUGUUACCGGAUCCUGAAAACUGUCAGAGAUACUACCUGUGUUUUUUGGGCCACGAUUGUCACAAGACUUGCCCACUGUUAUUCAAAUUCGACUACAUUGCGCUGAAUUGCGUUCUAAGUUCAUCGGCUAGGUGUUACAAGCCACCGUCGUCGACGACGACGACGACAACAGCUCCAACGGAAACCACAACAACGAGUACGAUGGAACCAACGUCAACGACAACCGAAUUGCCAACAUCCCCGACAACGACAACCGAAUUACCAACAACCCCGACAACUACAACGGAGCUGCCAACAACCCCGACAACUACAACCCCGGUACCACCAACUACGAAUCAUCCGGCGACAUGCGACGAUGGAUUCAGUGGUCUGCUACCACAUCCGGAUGAUUGUACAAUGUACUAUGUUUGCCAUGGGAACGGAGAAGAUCCGGUUCUGAUGAGCUGUCUGUCGGGGUACAUUUUUUACGUACCGCUAGGAGUUUGUCUACCGGGAGAUGCGGAAACGUGCGAGUUGUAUCAUAAGGGGUGAAGACCCACCAAUCGAGUUUUAAAAUUAUUUAGUUGAAUAAAACAUAGCUGAUCAAAGAGAAUUGGUUCGUUUUGUGGAACGAAAUGGUUGUGGAAGUUUAGAACAAGUGUAUUCCAAGAUAUGUCCAAAGAUCGGAUAAAUGAAGAGAUUAAGACAAAGUAGACAAUUCUUUUGUAGAAGAUCAAGAACAGCUCAAAUGCAAUCCAGAAUAUGAUGUUCCGUAACUCUGUAACACAGAAUAGAUUUACAUGUGUAAUUUUUAAAUCCAAAUUGCAUAUUACAGAAAAGUGUCCUUAAACAUAAUUAUUAAACCUUUCAAUGUUUCAAAGACAAUUUCAUUGGAGUUGCUGAACGUUUUUGAAGCGAUUUUUUUUCGAAAUUUCUUUCUGAAUUUGAAACUUAUAAAAACUUGGUGUAGUUGUCUCCAAUCUGAUGCUCAUGUGUUCUUGCAGGGACUUCAUAGUCAGAUACCAAAGGUUGCAGGUUCGAAUUUUGCUUCUGAGGCAUUUUUUCACAAAGUUGUUCUCGUUUAAAUCUUUCUUAAAAAAAUUGUAAAACGCACCAAAACCAAAAAUGAUUUGUGUCAUGUGGAAUUCCUUUGAAUAAUUAUUUUAAAAUUGCA